AUGCAGCUACACAAUCAAGCGAACGACGCAUAGAAGCACGUGUGUAGGUCCGCGUGAGCACUUGAAUAAUGGGUCAGCGGGUUACUUGGAAAGUGUAGGUAACUCGCCCCAGACCUUUGUCCGUUCCCACGUGCAGUGAAAACAACAUGGCGAGGUCGAAAGACAAAAAGAGAGACACUGAAAAUGGCGAAGGAGGCGAAAAUAAGGACGAUACGAAGAACGAAGAACCUACUCUAGACUACGAUGAACUCGUUAAGAGAGUUUGUGCAAUUGCCAAACCGCUUGCUGGGAGAAAACUUACAAAACGAUUGUAUAAAACAGUAAAGAAAGGCAAUGAAGUAAAUUCUUUGGCUGUUUCAUCACAGCAAGUUCAUAGAUCGGAAGGAAAAUUAAAUAUGUGCAAGCCAACCAAAGAACUUGUCAGAACAUGCAAGGAUUAUGUCAUUGCUUCCAAGUCUAAGAGCUCAAGAAGAGGUGUCAAGGAGGUAGCUAAAGCCUUGCGGAAAGGAGAGAAAGGUUUUGUGGUCAUCGCUGGUGAUGUUUCUCCCAUUGAUGUAAUAUCUCACAUUCCUGUGGCCUGUGAAGAUAACAAAGUUCCAUAUGCCUAUGUGCCUUCCAAAUUUGACCUAGGAGCUGCAAGUCAAUCCAGACGACCCACAAGUAUAGUAUUGGUGAAGUUCCAUGAAGAUUUCCAGGAGAACUACAAUGAGUGUCUCUCAGAAGUGAAGAGUCUACCUCUUCCUUUGUAGUCCAUCAUUAUUUGCCUUUAUCUCUUGUAUAUAAACUUUUGUCAAAAUUAUUGUAAGAGAUAUUUACUUGUACAUGAUGCUGAAGUGUUUGAUUCAAAUUACCCGCCCUUAAUUACUCUCUUAGUGCAGAAAUCUGCUGAGUAUACUUCAAGCUUAUUGCAAGCAAUUUCUGACAAGCAAAAAACCAGAGUGAACUUUGCAGUGACAGCCUCACUACGGUAAAGACGAAGUGAUGGUAGUGACAAGGGACAUCUUUCAUUGUCCUGUUCCCCUGAGAAACACAAUAGCUGGUAUGACAAAACGCCACUGAGAGGCUUUGAAGUCUCCUAUAUUGCAUUUACUGGUGCCCCUUGGAUUACCUGCAACAAUUUUAGUCAUGUUGCUCCUCUGUAAUGUGCCUCUAAAGCGAGUUGGAUCUAUUGCAUUACAUGCUAGUGAAUGUAACACACUUGAAACUAUCCUCGCCUAAACGCUUUUACGAGUACAUGUAAGUACAUUAAAUACAGCAUAACUGAUUGUUAUAUUACGAUGCUGUACUCUGUUACUUUAAAAGGAAAGUGGCUUUUAUUUGUCAAGUAUUUUCCUUCCUAGACUCAGGGAAAAGAACUAACGCUAGCUUUCAGUCCAAAUAUUGUAAUGGCUUUUGAUAGUUGUGACAUGUAUUUAAUAUAUUUUUUGAACAAAGUUAAUAACUACAAGUUUUCACGAUCCUAUCUAGUGUCAGUUUCCAGCUGUGGGUGUUCGAUCCUGCAGAGUAUCACGAGUGCACCCAAACACCCAGGUCUGUGACUAGUGACCUAUUGAUGGUAGUGACAAAAGACAUACUUUAUGGUCCUUCCCCCUUGAAAAACACAGUAGCUAGUAUGAAAAAAAAAACUUUGAGAGGCUUUGAAAUCCCUCAAGAUAUUGCAUUUACUGGUAUCCGGUGGUAUGCUGGAGAGGAUUGCAGGUGCACCCAACCACUCAUUGCUGGAAACUGAGCCCUUAUCCUCUCGUACCUGCUUUCUCCUACGAAUAUUAAUAGUAAUGUUGGUGAAUAAACGAAAGCUUCCUUUGUCUGAGAA